AUGUUCUUCAUCAGCACCAUUGUGAAGAACAUUGCGCCCGUAUUCAUAGCAACAAGUCCAAUCACCAGCUAUGGCGACCAAAUCUACAGCAUGCACCGAGCCCGCAGCUCUGCCGGCUUCUCCCUCGACAUCCCGCUCAUCAUGCUCGUCGCCAGCAUCCUGAAAGUCUACUACUGGUUCGGCGCCCACUUCAGCACCUCGCUGCUCGUCCAGGCUCUCCUCAUGAUAUGCGUCCACCUGCUCCUCCUCCAUGUCGCGCUUACGAACCGAUCGCCGCCCUCGCACCUCCCCUUCCAACAUAAAGAUGUGUCGAACCGCCCAUACGACUUCUGGCAAUGGAGGGCGCCGAGACCCUAUUGGACAUUCAUCACCUACUUUACCGGCGUGUUGCUGGUGCUGCACUUGGUCAUGUCGUCGACAAGCAUUUUCGUCCCGUACACGGAUCUGCUGGGUAUGGUUGCGUUGACUAUUGAGGCUACGCUCCCGCUCCCGCAACUCUGGGCUAAUUACCAGAGACGCGGGUGCAAAGGCUUCAGACCCAGCGUUAUUGUCAACUGGGUUAUUGGUGAUACGUUCAAGAUGUGGUUCUUCUUUGCUAGUAGCAAUGGUGAAGUACCUUGGGCUUUCAAGGCAUGUGGUAUCUUCCAGGCAUGCUGUGAUCUGGGCCUCGCAGCGCAGUAUUUGAUUUGGGGUGACGGGCCUGUAGGUGUCGAGGGAUUGGGAAGAGAGAAAGAGGUUCGAAGCCCAAUCCCCCCUGAGGAUGGAUGGAAUGCUGAGAAGCUGGGACAGGCAGGUGUGACAGGAGGUAUUGAGAUGAGCGAUGGACAGGCUUGGGAGAGACCGAGGGCUGCGUAG